AGUGAACGAAAGGAGAAAAUGGAGAAAGACAACCUUUCCCUGGUUUUGCACUCUAAAGGCGAUAUAAGGCUGGAACAACGUCCCAUUCCAGAGCCUGGAGCUGAUGAGGUUUUACUUCAGAUGCACUCGGUGGGGAUCUGUGGCUCUGAUGUGCACUACUGGCAGAAUGGACGGAUCGGGGACUUUGUCCUUCAGAAGCCAAUGGUCCUGGGUCAUGAGGCAGCAGGGCGAGUGGUCAAAGUGGGCUCUGCAGUCACUCAUCUCAAACCAGGUGACAGGGUGGCUAUUGAACCUGGAGUUCCCAGAGAAAUGGACGAGUUUUUCAAAAAUGGCCGCUACAACCUAUCACCCACUGUGUUCUUCUGUGCCACACCACCUGAUGAUGGGAACCUCUGCAGAUACUACAAACAUAGCGCCAACUUCUGCUACAAGCUUCCUGAUAAUGUGAGUUAUGAGGAAGGGGCUCUGAUUGAGCCGCUCUCAGUGGGGAUUCACGCAUGCAGGAGAGCCGGAGUUACUCUGGGCAGCUCUGUGUUUAUCUGUGGAGCAGGACCGAUCGGCCUGGUCACUCUGUUGGUAGCUAAAUUCAUGGGAGCCUCUCAAGUGCUUAUAAGCGACCUUUCUGCUGAUAGGCUGGCCAAGGCCAAGGAGUUAGGUGCUGACUUUGUUCUUCCUGUUAAGAGAGAGGAUGUACCAAAGGAUAUGGCCAAACGUGUAGAUGGCAUGCUGGGGGGCAUGCCUCACAUCACCAUAGAGUGUACCGGUGUAGAGAGCAGCAUCCAAACAGCAAUCUAUACCACACGUUCUGGAGGUGUAGUCGUUUUGGUUGGACUCGGUGCUGAAAUGACCACAGUGCCUCUCCUUACCGCUGCUGUCAGAGAAGUGGACAUCCGAGGCGUGUUUCGCUACUGCAACACGUGGCCUAUGGCUAUUUCUAUGCUGGCCUCUAAGCGUGUGAAUGUGAUGCCACUGGUCACACACCGCUUUCCACUGGAGCAAGCUGUGCAGGCAUUUGAGACGACUAGACAGGGCAUUGGGAUCAAAGUCAUGCUGAAAUGUGACAAAAAUGACCAGACCCCAUGAGGAAAGGAAGUUUACUCACUACUGUCCCCAAUCAACAAAGCAACUUAAUCUGGUCAGAUUUUUAUUUUAGAAUUAUUACUGCCUAACCAAUCAUGUAUUUCAUGAAUUUAUAAACAUACUGUAAUGAUAUCUUGGAGAAAUUAAAUGAGAAUUUAUAUA